GGGAUUGGAAGGUAGGAUGCCACGUGCUCGUCUACUGUCGCAAGCCCACAUCAUCACAGUGUUUAACUCACUUAAUUGGUUUUUACUACUGCUGCAGCUCCACGAGAUAUAAACAAGAGUAUCCAAUCGCUUUAUAAAGGCUCUUUGGAAGGGGAAAGAGAACCAUGGAUGCUCUGAAGGGCUUUGAUAUUGACGCCCCACGCUGGGAUCAAUCCACAUUCAUGGGCCGUCUCAAACACUUUUUCAACAUCACUGACUGCCGCACUGCUCUGCUACCUGACUCCAGACUAGAUGAAGCCAAAGUGUUAGUGGAGAGCUGCAGAGCUGGCUCUAUUCCUCCAGGCACAACCGAGGAGCAGCUACACUAUGCCAAGAAGCUGUAUGACUCGGCAUUUCACCCCGACACGGGUGACAGGAUGAACCUGAUAGGAAGAAUGUCAUUUCAGGUGCCUGGGGGUAUGGCCAUCACAGGGUUCAUGCUUCAGUUUUACAGGACAGUUCCUGCAGUAGUGUUCUGGCAGUGGGUUAACCAGUCUUUCAACGCUCUGGUCAACUACACCAAUCGCAAUGCUGCCUCCCCCAUCACACCAAAGCAGAUUGGAGUAGCUUAUGUGACAGCAACAAGCACAGCGCUGGCCACUGCAGUGGGGCUGAACCUCUACACAAAGAAAGCUCCUCCUCUAGUGGCCCGCUGGGUGCCGUUUGUUGCUGUGGCUUCUGCUAACUGUGUGAACAUUCCAAUGAUGAGACAACAGGAGAUUUUGAACGGCAUUGCUGUGACAGAUGAAGAUGGAAAUAAACUGGGCCACUCAAGGAAAGCAGCUGUCAAGGGCAUCACACAGGUGGUCAUCUCUCGAGUUACCAUGGCAGCGCCAGGCAUGAUCAUACUCCCCAUUAUAAUGCAGAGGCUGGAAAAAUACAGAUUCAUGCAGAAAAUCACAUUUCUUCAUGGGCCACUGCAAGUCAUGAUGGUUGGCGUGUUUCUGAUCUUCAUGGUGCCUGCAGCGUGUUCACUGUUUCCUCAAAGAUGUUCUAUGGCUGUUACGAAGCUGGAACCUGAGCUCAGAGAGUCCAUCAUUUCUCAAUACGGGGACCGUGUCCGUUACGUCUACUUCAACAAGGGCCUGUGAGUGCCAGCCAAUCAGACUGUCCCAAUCCAGACUGGAUGCUUGAGUCAUCGGCCAAUUAGAAGCUCUUUUUGACACUUUUUUUUGCUAAAGAAGUUGCUAAAAAGAAGCUUUUUGAUUUGAGGUUUUGUUUCAUGACACCGAAAGAAAGUUUUUAUGCACCAAAGCAUAAUUUAUGGACAGUUAUUUUUUACAUUUGGCCCUGACUGCUGCAAAGAUUCAGUUUGAUUUGUAUAGAUGAGUUACAGAGAGUUUAUGGACAUUGGAUAAACCUGAUCCAGUUGCCCUAUCAUCUGUUCCUGUUGUAUAUGACCUGAAUAAUCUGGAACAGAUUGUAAUGGUUGAGAACUGUUUCACUUUGAUGCCAAACUCUAUCAUUUACCACAUACAUCUCUCAGGAAAAGUUUAUUUUAAAAGUUCAAUGCUUUAACACCCUCUAAAAGCCAUCAGUGAAGUUAUUUUAUCAGGGUUUUAUUAAACUGUCAGAUGUUCAGGAAUAUACAGUCAAAUUAUAAACAUUUAUGUUUAAAAUACCAGUUACGAGCAUAAAGUGGGAGAAAGAAGAGUCUAUUAAACAUCAGUUUUAAUGAACAUUUCGCAGUAAGUGUGCCUUAAAUUUGAAAGAAAAUAAAAAAAUCCUGCCCUCACUGUGAA